AAUAGGAAAAAAACUAAAUAAAAGUAUCAACAACAGAAAACGGCCUUAUGCUACUAAAACGAAUGCAUAAACCCAUCUGAUCAUGAGGACAAACCGACAAUAGAUGAAUAGACUUUCAUAUUAGUAUAAAAAAUAUGAAGUAAAGAAUCGGAAACUCAGGUUUGAAGAUGAGUAUAUUGGCAUACAUUCAAACUAUUUAUGAUUCCGUGGGAAGCUUUGCAUCGUAUAUUUAUACAUUUAUCAUCAGUUUAGUGGAAUUUAACUUCAAGGCUGUGACAGUUACAGUUGAAACUUUCCAAGAUAUUAUCACAACAGCAGUGAACAUUUUUAAAGUUAUAAACAGCAUCCUAUCAAACGUCAUAUCCUCUGCAUUGGACUUUUUGGUAGAAAUAUUUGGACUCCUGCAUGCAUUUGUUUUAGUACUAUGGAAGUUUAUGGUUUUCCUUGGGUCUGUUCUGUACUCAAUAUAUCAAUGUAUUGAGAUAUUGCUGCAUUUUAUUGCAAUUAAUGCAGUUUGGCUCUUGCGCUUAUGUACCAGUGGUGCAUUUAGUGGCAAAGAAAUCCUUAUAAAGAUAUGUAACUUAGUGUCAUAUUAUGCAGUUAUAACCUUCAAUCAAAUAACUGUUGGAAUAUCAACGAUUGGAACAAGUGGCACUGAAGGAAUUGUUACCUUAUUUAAAACAUUGAAAUGGUGUUUAUCAUCAUUUUGGUUGAACAUUGACAGUGGAAUGAUGGCAUUUGCUGAGGGCAUAAGAUAUGUCACAGAUUCAAUAUAUUACAGCAUGAUUGACUUGAUAUACCUGAAACGAGAAACAUACAUAGGUCUAAUAUUUUGCUUACUUGUGUUUUUGGUACUUGCUAAUGUGUUCAGAUCUUUAAAGCAACGUGGUAUGACCUUCCCUGGAAUUCAGGAAAACUUUGAAGCUCAAUAUGCAAGAGUUAGACCUAAUUUUGGAUUUGAUUUCUCAGACAAUGAAGAGGAUGAAUCUGAUGGGCAGAAUGAAGAUGAAAGUGACAUCACAGUGGCAUCAUCUGAAGGCGACGAUGAUGAAGAGGUCGAAGAGUAUGAGGUAGAUGACUUGACAACAGAUGAUGAAGAGUUGUCAGACAGUGAUUCUAAUGCAUCAAUUGAUAUUCAGUUGCCUCCAGUAAAUAGUGCUAGUUAUAACUUACGUAGAUCAACCACACCUUGUAGUGGAGGCAUCAAUACAUCAGAAGAUUUCCAAAAAGAAAUUGAAAAGGAGAAGGAGAAAUUGAAGUGUGUUGUAUGUCAGGAUAAUGAUAAAUCCGUUUUAAUUUUACCAUGUAGACAUUUGUGUUUGUGUCUAAGUUGUGGAAAUACAAUUGCAAGAUUGAGAAAUGUUGAUCGGAGAGUAUGUCCUCUCUGUAGGAAGAGAAUUGAAACAAUUAUGAAUGUCUAUACAUAGUUCAUUAAACAAUGCAUGGUUUUAUUUUGUAUUCAGAUGCAUUUAUUAAUAUUCACAUUCAUUACACAUAAUUAGAUCAAGAUAGAUUUAACUGUAAAUUAAGUAGCCCAUCAAUAUAGCCAUCUAUGUUUAAUGCACAAAACUUGUACAUGUAUCUGUGUAUAUGCACAUGACAUAUGUACUGGUAUACUUUUUGUGUGAAAUAUUAACAUUACUUAACAUGACUUACAUGACUUAGGUCAGUUUGAUUAUUAAAAGCUGUGAAUGAAAGAACUAUUUUGAAUAUACAUUGUACAUGUAGCAAAAUUAAGAGCUUUAUACCCCACUGAUCUCAAUGAAAUAAAAUUGAUGGACGUGAGCAAUUCAUGAUCAAAGUUCAUCAAUUAAUACAUUCUUACAUUAUAUUAGUGUACAUGGUGUUUAUCUGUGCUUUAUGUUUUAUAUGCCAUAAUGUUCUAUUUACAAAUGUUUACUUAUAAGAUAUAACAUAAUUGCUUUCAUUAACUUUUGUCUUUCUAUCAUGUUGAUCGUCCUGAACAUGCAUGAAAUAUUUGCCACUGGACAUUAUGCAACCUACAAUCAAUCAAUCUAUCAUGUUGUCGGUUCGUACAUCGUUCAGAUAACAUAUAUAGCAGCUGUGCAUCAUCAGUCAGGGGUACUACUAAAACAAGUGAUUUCAGAAUCACUUCUUCAAGUGAUUUUGGCUGUGAAAUAUUAAAAAUUUUCACAAAAAUAGACACAGACUUUUUAAAAUCACUGAAACAAGUAAUUUGAGAAGUUAAAAUGUAAUCACUUCAAAAAGUGUUUAUAACAUUUUCUUGAUAUUUUUCCCACAAGGUUGAUUUUUUUAUUGGUAAAAAGACAAGAAUUCCAUUGAAAAAACAACUAUAUGUACAUGCACAUGAUGCAGAAAUUGUCUUUUGCUUGAUAAGCCUGUCAGUUUAUACAGUUUAUUUAAAAUAUGCAAAACCGGAAUAAUUUGUAGAUCAGGACAUAACCUUGAAGUAGAUCAUUCUAACUCUAAAGAAAACCAAUCAGGUUACCUAAUAUUGUUGACCUUUUCUGAUAGUAAAAGUAGUUAAUUAAUAUUUGAUUACAGAAAAAUCCCCAAGGGUACUUUUAAAAGCUUUAGGCACUAACUUACUGCCCAAGCGCACUGGUGAAAUUAAUAUACAAAGAAAAAGGGAUAAUUGAUCUAUGUAGGAAAAUUAUAGAGAAAUUUGUCAAAAUAUGGAAAAUCAAUGAAAUUAGCAUUUGAAGAUCAAAGGAAACACAAAAAUCACUUAAAUAGGUGAUUACUGAAUUUAUCAAAUCACUGAAAUAGGUGAUAAUCAUGAUAAUGAAAUCACUUGUUUAAGUAGUACCCCUGACUGAUCAUUAUAUGAAAUUUAACAAUAUUUUAAACAAUAUUAUAUUGCUGAGUUCUCAGGUGUAAUGCCUUUUUGUCUCGCCUCAACAAAGUUGGUGAUGCAGUUGUACAUUGUAUAACAUGUAUAAAAAUAUAUCAUACCCAUGAAGAUUUGUUGGCCCUGCUCCCUUAGCCAUGGUCUAUUGACUGAAUCUUUUGCAUAGUUCACAUGUUAAAAGUUUGUGAUUAGUAUAAAAAUGAGGAGAUGUGAUAUGAUUGCCAAUGAGACAACUAGAGUCAGUUUAAGAUGAAGCAAUUGUGGUUGGUCAAUGAUAUUUGGCAUGCAGCUGCAUUAGCAUUAGCACAUGUAUAUCUUUCCAUUUGGAUUAUAUAGCCCGGCCCCAUCAGUCAUACAUUUUAGUCAAUGAUAUUUGAAUAGUUGUGUGUAUGUUCUAUUAUAAUUAGAGUAUUGCCAUUUAAAUUUCAACUUUUGCAUUAUACUAUCAAAAUACAUACAGAUGAGGCACAUCUCUGUGUCAACAGUUCAUUUUGUAUUUCUCUCAGUAUUUUAAAUUGAAGAUUAAGUCUGAACAAUUCUUCUAAACAUGUAUGUC